CGGACUCAACUUCCAGGACUUGAUGGUGCGCGUGGGCGCCAUUGACUCUCCGCCCAAGACCCCCGUCAUCCUGGGCUUCGAGUGCGCCGGCGAGAUUGAGGCCGUCGGCGAGGGCGUGGAGGACUUCAAGGUCGGCGACAGGGUGGUGGCGCUGCCAGAGUACCGCGCCUGGGCCGAGCUGGUCGCCGUCCCCGCCAAGUACGUCUACCGCCUGCCCGCCGACAUGAGCUUCCUGGACGCCUCCGCCAUCGCCAUCAACUAUGCCGUGGCUUACAUGCUGCUGUUCGAUGUGGGCAACCUGCAGCCCGGCAAGGUCUUGCUGGUCCACUCCGUGGGCGGAGGAGUGGGUCAAGCUGUCUGUCAGUUGGCGCGUACCGUCGAGGGCGUCAAAAUUAUCGGUGUUGCGAGCAAGGCUAAACAUGAAGCUAUUCAGGGAUCAAUUGAUCAUAUCAUUGAGAGGGGCACAGACUAUGCGAGUGAAGUUCGGAAGUUGUACCCCGAGGGAGUUGACAUAGUCCUUGACUGCUUGUGUGGAGAAGAAUGCAACAGAGGCUAUUCCCUCAUCAAGCCAAUGGGCAAAUAUGUUCUCUAUGGCUCUGCAAAUGUUGUCACUGGUGAAACCAAGAGUAUAUUUAGUGUUGCAAAAUCUUGGUGGCAAGUUGAUAAGGUAUCCCCCAUCAAGCUUUUUGAUGAAAAUAAAACAUUGGCUGGUUUGAAUAUGCGUCAUUUGAUGUAUCAGCAAGGUGGGGCUGCCCAUAUUAAAAGUGUCAUGGACAAAGUUUUUGCUUUGUGGUCUAAAGGGAAAGUAAAGGCUGUUAUUGACUCUACAUGGGCCCUAGAAGAUGUGCCUGAAGCUAUGCAAAAAAUGCAUGACCGCAAAAAUGUUGGUAAAAUUUUGCUCGACCCUAGUAUGGAACCUAAGCCGAAACCUGCAACACCUGCCAAGGGAAAAGGAAAGUCUUCUUCAAUUGAUAAAGAAGACAAGAAAAAAGAUGAGGAAGAAAAUGGUUCCGGAGACAAUGAUGUGAAAGAUGAGGAAAAGAAGAAAGAUGACAAAAAAGAUGACAAGAAGGAAGAGAAAAAAGAAUCAAGUUGAAGUAUUUCAUAAGUACUAUCCUACAUUGGCCUAAGCGCCGUCCACUUAGUCACACUUCCGAUUUGAUGCUGUUUGCAGAUGCUGUGUUCAAGCAAAUUGCUCUUGUCUUUGGUGCUUGACUGAUAGAAUUGUGCAGUGUUCCAGUUACUUAUCCAAGUGACUUUUUAGCUUUUGUCCUAUCUUUCAAAAGAACUUUAAUUUACAGUUAAAUCAUGUCAAUGCUUUUCUCUUUCUUGAAAAAAAAAAUAUGUUGGCAGUCUAAGUACUGAAUUUUAAUUUAAUUUUAUGCUGUGAAUAAUUUGACAAAGAAUGAUCUCAGAGGCCAGUAGUAUCUGCAUUUUAUUUUUGGAGUUGCCUUAUCAGCAAGUUUGUACCUACUUACUAUUUAAGAUUUAUGUGUACAUUUUAUGCCUAAAUUCUUAAAAAUUUGACAGUAUUGUUCUCUAGCUACAGGACUGCGUGAAAGUGAUGAAAUCGCAGAUUAUUCAUGAUUUUAUUUAAUGUUUAGAUGGAUGCUUGAGUCGUGUUGGUUGUAAUUUAAUAUAUUUUAUAUGGAAUUUUAUGCGCAGUGUUUGAUUUAUUGCCUUCUCAGUAAAAAAAAUAAUUAGCAAGGCUUUAAAUGUUUCUGUAGGCUUUCUGUACAUUCCUAUUGUGCAUUAAGCCAUUAGUCUGCCAUAAUGGUUAUCUUUAAGCCCACAUGGGCCAGUAGAGCCAUUGUCUUUGUUAGGAAGCCAAGCUGUGUUAUACUGUAUUUUUCUGUAAGAUACUGCAUUAAAUACAAUUAUUCAAGGCAAUUUUUUGUGUGAGCAUGUUCGAAUGAAUGUGCUUGCAGUGUAAGUUCCCUCAAUUAAAUUAAAUACUUGAAAAAAACUGUA